AUGUUGCUGCGCUCGGCCCCCACGAUCCUUCGGCUUGGGCGCAUCACUACAUGGGUGACAGCUCCCAACGUCGGCGCGUCGGCGCCGUCUACCGGGUCUACCUUCUUGCUUGAUACGCCGCACACCGUCUAUGAUGCCUAUUAUGCGUGGAAGCAUGGCCUGGUGCCCUUGGGCGCAAGCACUGUUCGCGAAGGUAAGGGCAACCCCUCCCUCCUUUUAUUAGAAGAACCCUUUGCUGAGGCCUGGGCUACUUGUCAGACUGCCCUGAAACUGAUUUUCCUUUCGUCGAGGGACGCCGAUGGGGCAAACGAGCGUCUUGUGCUGCCUAAGCUGGCACACCUCUACGGCCUCCACCGCCGGGCGGAGGACGUCUUGUUCCACGUGAAUGCAGCUGAUGCGGCUGCUGUAUUUAGGCGCCUAGCGGAGCCAGACUCUGGGCCGGGGGCGGAGCAUGGACACCGCCUGGACUACCUGGCCGACCUUUUUGUCCACGCCGACCUUGUUAUUGUGAAGCGGCUUGAUGCCGCCCUGAACUGGCGGCACAAGGCCUAA